GGAAAGUGCAGAAAGCUCUGAGCACAGUUUAUCAACAGCAACACACUACCUACUUAGAAUAAUAGAGACGCAGGUUUUGCAAAUCUGAGGAGCCCUACGGCAGCAUUUCCUUCCAGAUUUGGCAUGAAAAGACGCUUCCUUCCAUUGAGAAGGGGCUUUUGUCUUUAUUGUCUUUAUAAACAGCACGAGGUGGAGGGAGUCCCCCGCGAGUGCUGAUCAACAACAGAUCUGAGCCCAUAGACACAAAGGUCCUGUUCAGUGCUGGUGUGCAAGAAAUGGAGGUGGCCACCAGAUCUGCUGCCAGCUUCCCUCACUUGCUGCCUGAUGGCCAAGUGCUCCAUGGGCAGGGUCAGGCGAGGGGCAAGCCAGCCAGGCCAGCGGCGCUGGCCAGCAGCCCCAGCCCUCUUAAAAUACCCAGGCGUGGGCCUCUCUUUUGCCGUUGCGGCAAGGAGCUGCCGAGGAGCGAUUUUUUUGGGACCAGCUGGCACCCUGACGCUUCCAGCCAGCGGCCCCAGUCCACUCGCCCGGCGUUCGCCAGGGCUGAGGGACAGGCAGGCAGGGAGGGGGGUCGGAAGCAGCGGGGGAGCAUAGGGGCCACAGCGCGGGAGCGGCGGCAGGUGCGCGCAGCAGUCAGCGUGGUGCAGGACGUGGUGACUGAAACGGGCGGGUGGGGGCUGGAGGAGGUGCGGCGAAGGUUUGAGGCACUGGCGGACGGGCAGAGCAAGUACCGGCUGCUGCUGCAGUAUGCGGCGGGGCUGCCGCGGUUGGGGGAGGGGGACAAGACGGCGGACAACAGGGUCAUGGGCUGCACCGCACAGGUCUACGUGACAGUGUGUCUGGAUGAUGCUGGCCUGGUCCAGCUGGGGGGCGACAGCGACAGCGAGCUCAGCCGGGGGCUAGUGGCCGUACUGGUGGCUGCCCUAGGGGGCCGCCCCCCCGCUGAGGUGCUGGCUGUCCAGGAGGACGCUCUGGCGGGCCUGCAGCUGGGGUCCGCCGUCACGUCCCGCUCUCGCAUCAAUGGCUUCUACAACAUGCUCCAGAGCAUCCAGCGACGCACGCGCGCCGCCGUAGCCGCUGCCGCGGGGGAGGCUCCCCCAGCCCCCUUCCCCUCCCUGCUGAUCACAGCAGGGGGAGAGGCGGUGGAGGCGCAGGGCGAGUUUGCACGCGCGCAGGCGGAGUACCUGUCCCCCGACCCUGCCGCGGUGACAGAGCUGGUAAACCUGCUGCGCGAGAAAAAGAUUGGCGUGGUGGCGCACUUUUACAUGGACCCCCAGGUGCAGGGGGUCCUGGCGGCCGCCGCGCGGCAGUGGCCGCACAUCCACAUCAGCGACAGCCUGGUCAUGGCCGACCGUGCCGUCAGCAUGGCGGCCGCGGGGUGCGAGCGGAUCGCAGUGCUGGGGGUGGACUUCAUGAGUGAAAACGUGCGCGCGAUCCUGAGCCGUGGGGGCUACCCCGAGGUGCCGGUGUACCGCAUGGCCGCGGAGCACAUUGGGUGCAGCCUGGCGGAGGCGGCAGAGAGCCCCGCGUAUGUUGACUUUCUGGAGGAGGCGGCGGGGACGCCGGGCAGCCUGCACGUGAUCUACAUCAACACGAGCCUGGGCACCAAGGCGGAGGCGCACGCGCGCGUGCCGACCAUCACGUGCACCUCCUCCAACGUGGUGCAGACAGUGCUGCAGGCGUUUGCGCAAGUCCCAGAGUGCAGCGUGUACUACGGCCCCGAUACGUACAUGGGCGGCAACCUGGGCACGCUGCUGCGCCAGCUGGCCACACAGAGCGACGAGGACGUGGCCAAGGUGCACCCCGCGCACACGCAGGCCUCCAUCCGGGCGCUCCUGCCGCGCCUCCACUACUUCCAGGACGGCGCAUGCAUGGUCCACGACAUGUUUGGGCAGGCGGUGACGCAGCGCGUGCGCGCCAGCUACGGCGAUGCGUACCAGGCUGCGCACUUCGAGGUGCCGGGCGAGAUGUUCGACCUGGCGCUGGAGGCGGCGGCGCGCGGCAUGGGCAUCGUCGGCAGCACCAAGAACAUCCUGGAUUUCAUUGCGGAGCGCACGCAGGCCGCGCUGGCGGCGGGGUACGCGCAGCGGCUGCAGUUCGUGCUGGGCACAGAAGCGGGCAUGGUGACGGCCAUCGUGAACAAGGUCAAGGGGAUCCUCAAGGAAGCGCGCGCGGCUGGGAACGAUACACCGGUCGAGGUGGAAAUCGUGUUUCCCGUCAGUGCCGACGCAGUGACGGCCACGGGGGAGAACGGCAGUGGUGGCUCGGAGGCACUGGCGGGGCUGACGAUUGUGCCGGGAGUGGCGGCGGGAGAGGGCUGCUCUACAGCGGGGGGGUGUGCGUCGUGCCCGUACAUGAAGAUGAACUCGCUGGACGCGCUGCUGAUGGUGUGCCGGCGCAUCGGCACCCCCGGCGAGGCGCUGCUGGACGCUUUCCAGCCGCGCAUGGUCGACCGCACCGUGGCGGGCAAGGCCGCAGUGGACCUCGGCUCCGACUCCAUCCUGCACAUGCGCCACUUCCAGACCAACGGGAAGCUCUCAGACGAGCUGGUGGCGGACAUCCGGACACGCAACCAACAUGGAAGGCAAGGGCCGCUUUAAGCAGGGAUGGCGGUCCAGGUUUGGUACAGCCGAAGCUUGCCGGUUGAGCACAUUACUGGACCGUUAUACUGGAAGAAAUUGUUUGAUCAUGUCAGUGAGCCCUUGUCUACUAUGAAGCCCGUGGGCUCGCAAUAGAAACUUGACGACACGGUUCACUUUGAUGCGCGCACAAGAGACCUCUUAUCAGAGUAUUGCGUAGAUAGGGCCUCAAUUGCUUUGGUUACUUGGAUACUUGAAACAUUUGUUUGGGUAUCUCAAAGUCGUUGAGUGACGUUUAUCACUGAAGGGUUUUUUCGUGAGUCCACUGCAAUAUAUCAAAGGU